CGACAGUGCGGAGCACUUGCACUGACAGCAGAAACAGUUCAAUUGACCCACAUCAUCAGCUCUUCACAUACAUUGAUGCCACACAGUUUAGUGGGAAAGCACACAACGGAAAGCACACAAUGGAAAGCACACCGUGUAAUUGUGAAAAAGUCGUGUGUUUAUCAACAUCGUAAGGGGAGACACAGGCAGCGAGCAAAAUUGCAACUAUCCGAUCUCUCUUUCUCUGAAACACCGUAGUUUGGGGCUCAGUUGAUUGGCAAGCCGUUUUCUCUCACAGUUGAGCCAAUGUCGAGCGUAUCGAUUGCCGAAGAGGACGGAGAAACCAGGGCUUCAUUCACUGGACGCUCUUCGUCGCUAGCAGAAAGAAUUGGCGGUGAGCCGGAGCCGCAGAGCUCUCCAUUGCUAUCAUCAACGCCUGUGACAGUUUCCAGAGUGUUGGUUCGUGCAUAUCCGUACUUGAUCAUUGCUGAUAAGGUGCUCAGUGUGUUGACCUGGACCGGUGACGAUGUGUGGGUGAGUACGUUGGUAUUGGCCGUGUAUGCCGCGCUGGUUCUGUACUUUGAGUCUGUUGUGACGUUCUUUGGACACAUCUCCAUUGUGGCGUUGUUGGUUGGAUACUCCUUCAUGGACAAAUGCGUGGAACAACAGAUCAACGAAAAGCCUACUUUGGAUGACAUUGUGCAUCUGCUUACGAGUCUGAACGUGAAGGCAGAUCUGUUUUUGAAUCCAAUAACGUCUUUGGCGUUGACCUCAUACGAUAUCAAGAGAAUCUUGUUCACGACCAUAUUUCUAUCCCCGUUGUAUGUCAUUCUGACAUUCUUCAUCUUCACACCACGGUCUUUCCUCCUAACUUUUGGACUCUAUGUUCUGUCGUACCAUUCCUCGUUCUCGAGAGUCACACGAAAGAUGCUCUGGAAAUUCAGAAUGGUUAGAUUGUUGUCAUUCUACUUGACAGGUUUGGACUUUGGAGGCAUAAACAUCAACAAGGACUCGGGCAUCUUUGCCGCUGUCAAGCGUGUCAAUGAAAAGGUCGGAAUCCAAAACAAAGAUGGCAAGCCAAUACUGUUCACAUAUGUGCUCUAUGAGAACCAACGUCGUUGGUUGGGUAUUGGCUGGACGGCAAACCUCUUGAGUUAUGAACGUACUGCUUGGACAGAUGAGUUCUUGAACGAGUCCUCUCCUACUGAUAAAUUCACACUACCGGAGACCGAAGAAGGCUCUGGUCUAGCUUGGAGAUGGGUUGACAAGACUUGGAGAUUGGAUCUUACGAAUGAUGGUGCUAUUCAACUUCCUUCUUCUAAACCAAAGACCACAGCAAAUCCAAAUUCAGACGAUGGUUACAUCUAUUACGAUAACACUUGGAAGAAACCGUCCACAGAGGAUUCAUUUUCCAAAUACACACGUCGCAGACGCUGGAUACGUACUGCCGAGAUGGUUCCAGUGAAUGCUCCACCUUCAACCUCAAAAGCUUCAGUGGAUCGUGUUACAACGCCACAUGAACCUACACCUGUGAUUGAGGUUUCCAAUAUUAAGGCCUCAGGCUCCACGUCAACGUCAGUUUCUAAGGAAAAUACACCAUUGAAACGUAAGAGCAUAAGGUUUGAUGACACACCAAAGGUUCUUGAAGCAGUGUUACAACAACAGGAAAAGCGUAAAGUAUCAUUUGGAGAACAUAACGUAAUCGUUGAAACCCCAACAGAGAAUACAAAAGUGGAGGAUAAGCCGGCAGAUGAAACCGAAAUUGAGAUGGACCAUGAAAAGAUUGAUUAACAAUAACCAAUAUACAGCAUACAGAACUACAUAUCUUGCUACGAUGAUGACCUGCUCUCCUUUUGCUUAAAAAAAGAGGGUCUAUUCUCUCCAAAUAUGCUUUUGUACAUUAUGACAUUUGAACAUGAAACCACCGGAAAAGAAAAUUACACCAAACAGUAGAAUAAAACUUUUAAAUCAUAUCAAUUAGAUUUGAGUAACCUCCAAAGUGGAUGGAAGAGCUUGUUGCAACUUCUUAGCCUUGUCCUCAUCGGCAACAAUCAAGGUGUACAAGUGUCUAGAACCUCUAACUUUGAACUUGGUUUGCUUGGAAACCUUACCGGCAGCGUUGAUCUUCUUGUUGACCUUGAUGGAAGCAGACUUAACGUCAGCUCUUCUG